CUUACCAACGGCCCCGACGCGCACUGCUAGUCAGUUGUUCAACAGCAUUUGCGGGGCAAACAUGAAGGAACCUUGGAAGAAAACGUGCAACGGUAAGGUAAUUAUUACCUUGAACGACGAAAAGACGGAGCCGUCGGAGGUCGAGGUACCGGUCGACCUCAACUGGACAAACCGCAGCGAGAAAAAAUGUCGCGGUUCCAAGGUUUUGGUUCUCGUGGGUGUUGUGCUUUUGCUCGGCCUCACCCUCGUGACUCUCUUUAAGGUUCAAAACCUCAUUUACUCGACCAGUUACAUUAACUGGCGCGUGCAAGAACUCGAGUCGGCCAUCAACGACAGCAGCGAUGACGUCAAACUCAUCAAGUACCGGCUCUCCAUGGAAGAAAAGGACGACGAAAUGGCGUCCAUCAGGGCCGCCAGAGCCGAGCCACUCAUCGCGUCGGCGAAAGGCCCCAACGGUCAGUUCGACGCCAAUGACUUGAAACUGUCCGAGUCGCAGAAUCAAAAGCAUAAGCUGACGGCCAACUUGGUGCCAGAAAGCGACGAGUCCAAGAAAGAGGAAAAUACCGAGAGCAAAGCCAUUCAGACCGAAGCGAAGGACAGCAAAGAGGUCGACGAUCUGAACGACGCUCGCGACCAUCCCAACCCUUCGGACUCGGACGACUGGAUCAAGCCUUUGGUAGAGUCCUUCGAUAUCUUCGGUAACCAGCCUAUCGAGGAUGGCCUUAUCAACAAUGUCCUCAUGAAACUCUUGAUGCCCGAAAAGGAUUUCGAGGUCGUUGAGCUCAACAAGAUGCAAGAUUCGGAAAACUCUGCCCAAGAGCCAGAAGCUCCCAGAAUCAGCAUUUUUCCGCUCAUGCGCAAAUUCGGGGGACGAUCUGAAAAAUCAGAUCAGUUGACUCGUACCGAAAUGGAUUUGUUGAAGGCCUUUGGGCCACCCUCGGGAAAUUUCCGGGUUUUCCACCUGAACGAGAAGUCGGAACCGAAAUCCUUGGCUCAAAUUCAAGAUGAAAUUAUACCCAAACUUUUGAACUUCAAGCCAUCGACUCCAGAAAUUAUGGAGCACACUUUGAAGAGUCUGUUUGGCUCGCAAAAGUUCAGUCGCUUAUUUGGCAAGCCUGAACAAGCCAACCAAGCAGCCAAGCUGAACGGUCGCUUGUUCAACGACAAGCUCGAGCAACAACAAAAUAGCGCCGAGGAAGAUAUGCCAAAGAUCACCAUCCAGAGCAUAAAGCUCAAGCUGCUGCCUCUUCCAGCUCAAGAAGAUUUCUCUCAACGCCGGGAACCCAUGAACAUGAACAACUUCGAAGUUAUCCGAUUGAACGAAUCGCCAGAGCCCAGCCAAGAUGUCGAGGCUCCCCGAGCCCCGAUGCCGAUUCCAAUGGGCUUUAGGCCGUUCCAUCAAAUUCCACUUCACGAUAUCCUCAUGAAGACCAUCAUACCCUUGGAUGCCAAGAAUGUGGAAUUCGUUAAUCUCAAUGAAAAAUCCGAAAACCUUCAACCCAUUCAAAUGAACCAGGAACAACAGCCGAUGCUCCGGCCGUCGCCGAUUCGACCAGCCCAAAAUCCCCAGGACGAUAUGGGUAUGUACCCUCCCGAGCAGAGAUUCAACCCCAUUCGUAUUCCAUUCGAAGAUAUCAUCGGAAAGGCGCUGAUGCCUCCCAGUCGCAACGCCGAGUCUCAGUUCCAUAUCGAACAACAAGAGCAGCAGAAUCCAGUUGUCAAAGUCCAAAAUGCCAUGAAGCCUCUACCGUUCCCUCUGCCGAUUCCCGAUGCUCUCAUGAAAUCAAUGUUACCCAAUGAACAUUUUGGACGGGGCCACCUUGUACCAUCGGUUUUGCGUCCUGUGGCACCUGAAGAUAUGGCUCAGGCAGAGCAGCCGCAGAUGCAACCCGAAGAACACGAGUCAGAACAAGCGCAGGCUCCUCAAGAGCAAACACCAGCUCCCGAAGAGGCACAAAAGAAUUCCAUGCGCAGCACCAAGCUGAAUCCUAUUGCAGAUGAAUCCACUUGGGAUCGUACUAUGCAAUAUUGAAAAAACAUCGAUAACAGGAUAGAUCAGAGAUCGAUAAUCCAAGAUUCAAAAAACAUUACUUCAAAGUUGAUCUUUGGCUGAUCUUUUCAACAACCACAACAACAAAAAAUCGCAGGUUACCGAUUCAACGUAAACAAAUAUACUCUCUCAGUGUAGAUAAUGUAAAAAUUCAAAAAAGGAAUGAAGCAAAAAAUAAAUGGGAAAAAAUCUGCAUUGCAAUUUCGUAGUAUCGUGUAAUCCUUAAGCUUUUGUAAGUCCAAUACGAAAGAGCGUGAAGGUAAUAAUACAUUAUUUGAAAAAUUGUGAUAUAUUAUUUAGUAGUUUUAUGAUUUAUUUUAUUUUGUUUCAUAGACCAUCGUUCUUAAAUAUAUAAAUUACAGGCUCAAAUGGAGUUCGAUUGUACAUUCAACAUAAUAAUUUUAUUUUUCUUUAACCUGCAAACUUGUAUACGCCAAUUUUAUAAAAAGAAAAGUCGAAA